AUGAAGCUAUGGUCAACUAAAAAUAAAAAUUAUCAAAUAUUAUCAAAACGUGUUGAAUUAGAUAUGCCUCCAAAAAUUAUUGAUAAAGUUAAUUUUUCUUUUAAAAUUGAUGAAUCAAUUAUAAGUCAAGAUGAAGCGCAAGCCAUGUAUAAUCAAAUGCAUCAAAUUACGAAAGAUUUUCGUACUCAAGCAAUGACAUUAUGUGUUCAAUCAGCUGCUCGAGAAAAUGAAAUCUUAUCAAAUGAAAUUAAAGGUAUUAUUGAAAGAUUUCCACAAGAGAAUGAUGAUGGAUUUGAUGCUGAACCUGUCUAUGCAGCUUUUAAACAAUAUUAUGAAUUACGAGAGAAAAGAAUGAAAUUAGAAGUUGAACAAUCGCUUUAUUUUCUAUUCGAACAGCGAGUCGAGGGCGAAAUCAACAAUCCAGAAGAAGAAAUAAUCGCUCCGACUCUAAUACGUUCUCCGGGCGAGGAUUUCUUGCUCCAGCAAUAA